AUGGAUGAUGACUUCGAAAGGUCCGAUGUAGGGUCUCAGGAUGGCGGCUCAGACAACGAGUUGGACGAGACAAUACGGGAUGACGAUGAGAGGCAGGACGAGGAUAUGGAGGAUAUUGAUGAUGAAGCAGACGAGGACGCUGGCGCUGAAGAAGAAGGUGAUGGGGAAGGCGAAAACGAUGAGAAUGAAAACGAAGGCGAGGAAAAUGAUCAGCCCAGCAAUCAGCAACCGCGAUCUUCAACUAUAGGGGCUACGGAUCAGACCCAAACUCAAGAAAUCGAUGGCAGUAAAAUAGCGGAUAAUUCUCACCCACGCCCAGAGGUUCUGACUGCUUCAACGUACGACAUUGUGCCUACGAUAGCAGCACCACAAAGCACCUCGAUAAAUGCGAUUUGUGGAACAGCUGAUUCUCGCUGGAUAUUUACAGGCGGUGCUGAUGGCUAUAUCAGACAAUACAGUUGGGUCGAGUCUGUCAAUGGCAAGACUCAAUUGACCGUUGCGCAAAGACAUCCGUUUGUCGACAGCGUUGUCAAGGCAGGUGUGCUUGUCACGUACUGGGAAAACUGGGAUGCUCGAAAACAGACUCCGGAGUCGACCAGCCUAACCACAACGCAGACGCUCUCGCCAGUGUAUGCACUUGCAUGUCAAAGUCAAGGUCUCUGGAUGGUGGCAGGCACAGCAUCAGGCGCUAUCAGAUUGCAGACAGUACGCCACGAUGAAGGUCACCAAAUUGCUCUAUUGGAGAAGCAUACAUCGGCUGCAUCAGUGUUACAUAUUUCCUCGGACGAACGAAGCUUGCUUAGCGGCAGUUGGGACAAGACUGUGGUGGACUGGGAUCUGAAUGCUGGCAAGGUCAGGACAUCGUACGCCGCUAGUGGUGGCCAAAUAUCAUGUAUUGAGUCCCGACCCAUCUCAGCAGUGGCUGUACCUUAUGAGUCUGGAGAAGUUGUGAAAGUAGAUGCUACUCUCAGCAGCAACAAUGCUACGGAUGGGCUCAAUGACUUUACGAAUGGGGCGGCGUUUGACGGUGCCAAUCAAGUUCGGGCUACAACACCGGAUUCGUUAUUCGGUGGGGAUGACGGCGACGACGAUCUUUUUGGUGACAAUGCAGACGGGAACCUGGCCAACGGCAAUACUUUUAGCUUCGAUGAUAUAGAGAUCAAUCAGACGGCGGAAGAAUCUGCAGCACCCGAGCAUGGGAUAGAUACAGAUAUUGAGCUCACAUCAACAGCACCAGCUGUGCAACCACUCCUCUCAUCUCCCAAACUUGAUACAGCAGCGCCUCCUUCGAUCGACACUAAUGGAGUGCCAAAUACGGAACCUCAAGCUUUAGCAAACGGUUUGCCUCAUGCGGAGGACAUGGAGGUCACGAGCCAGCCGAAGCAAGAAUCCGACGAGCGCCCCACGACGUCAGAUACAACCUUCAUGGCAACAUCUAUCGACGGAUCAAUACGCAUAUGGGAUCGACGACAAGCACUGCCAGUAGCCCGAAUAACACCCUACGACACGCCGCCGUGGUGUCUUAGUGCAUGCUGGUCGCCAGAUGGAAACAACAUCUACGCUGGUCGAAGAAAUAACACAGUAGAAGAAUACGAUUUGCGAAAAGGGCUCAAGAAGCCAGAGCGGAUAUUUCGGUUUCCACAAGGAAGUGGUGCGGUCACUUCUGUCAAAGCCAUGCCUAAUGGACGACAUCUUGUCUGUGCUUCGUACGAUAUCCUACGAUUAUACGACUUGAAACAUGUUCAGAACAACAGGUCGAGCGUACCAUUUCUGAUCGUGCCGGGUCACCGAACUGGUACGAUCUCGAAUCUGUACCUGAGUGCUGAUUGCAAGUACAUGAUGUCGACGGGUGGUAAUCGAGGUUGGGAAGGGUCACCCACAGAAGUUUUGCUUGGAUAUGAAAUCAGCGUUCCCAAGUCAGCAUAG